UGACUCGGGCAUCGCGUGACUGUUUGACGGCAUCUACAGCUCGGACCGGCAAUCGCAAGAUUCCAAAAGACACACACACGGAGCACCAGCAAGAUGAAGCUCUCAGCAGCCCAACUGCUCCUUGCCGGAGCCGGCCUGAGCGCUGCCCUGCCUCACCUCGACAGCCCGCGCCAGCGCCUGCUCAACGGCAUGGACCUGCCCGCCAAGUACGGCGACGACAGCAAGCCCUACACGCCCGGCCACCGCGACCCCAACGACAACUACGUCGAUGCCAUCGGCAAGAAGCUCGACCCCAAGCCCUGGCGCAACGGCCUGGGAGCCUCCGUCCUGGGGCCCUACAACCGCGACCGCUCGCGCCAGAGCCCGGACAUGAUCCGCCCGCCCAGCACCGAUCACGGCAACAUUGCCAACAUGCGAUGGAGCUUUACCGAUUCCCACGUGCGGAUUGAGGAGGGAGGCUGGACCCGGCAGACGACGGUCCGCGAGCUGCCCACCAGCGUUGAGCUGGCCGGCGUCAACAUGAGGCUCGACCAGGGCGUCAUCCGCGAGCUCCACUGGCACAAGGAGGCCGAGUGGGCGUAUGUGCUGGACGGCGAGGUGCGCGUCACCGCUCUCGACUACGAGGGCGGCAACUUCAUCGACGACCUCAAGAAGGGCGACCUGUGGUACUUCCCCAGCGGCGUGCCUCACUCGCUGCAGGGCCUGGGCGAGAACGGCACCGAGUUCCUCCUCAUCUUUGACGACGGCAACUUUUCCGAGGAGUCGACCUUUAUCCUGUCCGACUGGCUGGCCCACACCCCCAAGUCCGUCAUUGCCGAAAACUUCCACCUCGCCCCCGAGCUCUUCGACCACCUGCCCAAGGGCGAAAAGUACAUCUUCCAGGGCUCCGUGCCCGGCGCCAUCGACGACGAGGCGCCCAAGGGCAAGCACGUCAAAAAGUCAAUGUACCAGUUCACCCACAAGAUGCUCGACCAGGAGCCCAAGAAGACGACGGGCGGCGAGGUGCGCAUCACCGACUCCAACAACUUCCCCAUCUCCAAGACGGUGGCCGCCGCCCACGCCGUCAUCGAGCCCGGCGCCAUCCGCGAGAUGCACUGGCACCCCAACGCCGACGAGUGGUCCUUCUUCAUCAGCGGCCGCGCCCGCGUCACCAUCUUCGCCGCCGAGGGCACCGCCCGCACCUUUGACUACGUCGCCGGCGACGUCGGCAUCGUGCCCCGCAACAUGGGCCACUUUGUCCAGAACAUUGGCGACGAGCCCGUCGAGAUGCUCGAAAUCUUCCGCGCCGACGAGUUCCGCGACUUUUCCCUCUUCCAGUGGAUGGGCGAGACGCCCCAGCGCCUCGUGCUCGACCACCUGUUUGCCGACGACAAGGAGGCUGGCGAGAAGUUUUGGGAGCAGGUCAAGGAUGCCAAGAAGGAUGAGAUUACAAAGUGA